AUGCUAGGAUUAUACUGCGGUGGACUGCUCAAAAGAAAAAACCACAUCAAGAGAAAGGCAAGCAAGAAGUACAAGGCAAGACUAUUGGGAACAAACAUUCUGAAUGACCCAAUCGUGGGAGCACCCCAGGCAAAGGGCAUUGUGUUGGAGAAAAUUGGUCUGGGAGCAAAACAGCCUAACUCUGCCGUAAGAAAGGCCGUUAGAAUCCAACUCAUUAAAAACGGAAAGAAGAUCACAGCCUACGUGCCAAAGGACGGUAUGCUGAACAGCAUAGAAAUCAACGACACCGUAACAGUCGAAGGAUUCGGUAACAAAGGAAGAUCAAAGGGAGAUAUUCCCGGAAUCUCUUUCAAAGUCAGCAAGAUAGGUGAUGUAUCUCUUAUGGCCAUCUACUUGGGAAAGAAGGAGAAGUCUUCAAGAUAA